CUCCCCGGUAAAGUCUCGCGGUGCUGCUGGGCUCAGCCCCGUCUCCUCCUCCUGCUCCCUCUCGGCCGGGCGGCGGUGACUGUGCACGGAGAUCGGAGCGGGCAGCGCAGCCGUGCCCGCCCCGCCAGCAUGGCCACCACCGCCCCCUGCACCCGCUUCACCGACGACUACCAGCUCUACGAAGAGCUCGGCAAGGGCGCUUUCUCUGUGGUCCGAAGAUGUGUCAAGAAAACCUCCACUCAGGAGUAUGCAGCAAAAAUCAUUAACACCAAGAAGCUCUCAGCCCGAGAUCACCAGAAGUUAGAAAGGGAGGCUCGAAUAUGCCGGCUCUUGAAACACCCAAACAUUGUGCGCCUCCAUGACAGUAUUUCUGAAGAAGGGUUCCACUACCUCGUCUUUGACCUCGUUACCGGCGGGGAACUGUUUGAAGACAUUGUAGCCAGAGAGUACUACAGUGAAGCAGAUGCCAGCCACUGUAUUCAUCAGAUCCUAGAGAGCGUCAACCACAUCCACCAGCAUGACAUCGUGCAUCGUGACCUCAAGCCUGAGAACCUUCUGCUGGCAAGUAAAUGCAAGGGUGCUGCUGUCAAACUGGCUGACUUUGGACUAGCCAUUGAGGUGCAGGGAGAUCAACAGGCUUGGUUCGGCUUUGCUGGGACGCCAGGGUAUCUGUCCCCUGAAGUCUUGAGGAAAGAUCCUUAUGGAAAACCCGUGGACAUCUGGGCCUGUGGGGUGAUCUUGUACAUCCUCCUGGUGGGAUACCCUCCCUUCUGGGAUGAGGAUCAACACAAACUCUAUCAGCAGAUCAAAGCUGGAGCAUAUGACUUUCCAUCACCAGAAUGGGACACCGUGACUCCUGAAGCAAAGAACUUAAUUAACCAGAUGCUGACAAUAAACCCUGCCAAGCGGAUCACGGCCGAUCAAGCACUGAAGCACCCAUGGGUCUGCCAACGCUCUACAGUGGCCUCCAUGAUGCACCGACAGGAGACCGUGGAAUGCUUGCGAAAGUUCAACGCCCGGAGAAAGCUGAAGGGUGCCAUCCUCACGACAAUGUUGGUUUCCAGGAAUUUUUCAGUUGGCAGGCAGAGCUCCGCCCCAGCCUUGGCCGCCGUGAGCGCCGCCGGCCUGGCCGGGCAAGCUGCCAAAAGCCUGUUGAACAAGAAGUCAGAUGGAGGUGUGAAGAGCAACAACAAAAACAGUCUCGUAAGCCCAGUCCAAGAGCCUGCGCCAUUGCAGACGGCCAUGUCUCAUCGCUACUGCUGCUGCCGCUGCUACUCUUGGGGAGGGGAGUUGGAGGCAGCUACUACAGUGCCCCUGGGGAAACAGAAGAGAGCCCCUCUGGAGAGAAAUGCAGCCCUAUCUCGACAGGAGGGCAACUCCCCUCUUCUCCUCUCACAGGAACCCCAAACUACCGUGGUACACAAUGCAACAGACGGAGUCAAGGGCUCCACAGAAAGUUGUAACACCAAUACUGAAGAUGAAGACCUCAAAGCUGCCCAGCUCCGCACUGGGGAUCGCAGCAGCUUGGGGUCUGAUGGACGGAGUCCCCGGGACAGAACAGCCCCCUCAGCAGGCAUGCAGCCCCAGCCUUCUCUCUGCUCCUCAGCCAUUCGGAAACAAGAAAUCAUUAAGAUCACGGAGCAGCUGAUUGAAGCCAUCAACAAUGGGGAUUUUGAUGCCUACACGAAGAUCUGUGAUCCGGGCCUCACCUCCUUCGAGCCUGAGGCCCUCGGCAACCUGGUGGAGGGGAUGGACUUCCAUAAAUUUUACUUUGAGAAUCUACUAUCUAAGAACAGCAAGCCCAUCCACACGACCAUCCUGAAUCCCCACGUGCAUGUCAUUGGGGAGGACGCAGCCUGCAUCGCCUACAUACGCCUUACCCAGUACAUUGAUGGCCAGGGCCGGCCCCGUACUAGCCAGUCUGAGGAGACCCGAGUCUGGCACCGCCGUGACGGCAAAUGGCUCAAUGUGCACUACCACUGUUCGGGGGCCCCUGCUGCCCCGCUGCAGUGAGCUCUCCCUCAGUGAUGUUAGGAGAUUCCCAGCCAGAGGUCGAACCUUCGCAGCCAGCGGCUCUGGAGGGCCUGAGUGACAGCGGCAGUCAUGUUCGUUUGAGGUUUAAAAAAACAAUUAAAAUUACAAAGCGGCAGCAACCAAUGCACGCCCCUGCAUGCAGCCCGCCCGCCCAUCGUGUCUGUCUCUGCUGUACCGAGGUGUUUUUUACAUUUAAAAAAAAAGAAAAAGAAAAAAAGAUUGUUUUAAAAAAAAGGAAUCCAUACAGCUGAUCAUGUUUUAAAACCACCUGCAGCCCCUCCCUGGGCUGGCAAGAGGGCAGGAGUUUGAGCAUCAGGCUCCUCUACCUGGCAGUGAGUAAGCCCAGGCUUGCCAAUCCCCAUGGACUCUUGGGGGAGUGGGGCCCAGGCAGGAACUCUUGACCCUGCCCCUGCUCCAGGCCACAAAAGCGACUGUGCGCGGGGUCAUCCGGAUCUCUGCAGCCCCUGAGGUGGCUUGCCCAGCCCUGGGUCCUAGGAAUGGACUUCUUCAGAGUGUGCACGUGAGCCCAGAGGGAAGGCCAGACCGGCGACAGGUCAUGAGAUGGCUAAUGCUUGGAGCUUAUUUUUCCCUUCCCAGGGGGAAGAUGGCAUCCUCCCCAGGCAGCUACCAUUGCAAAGGCAGCACUGAAAAGCAGCGGUUCCAAGAUGGUGGGCUUGCGGCUGGGAUUUUACUGUACUGUUCACUUAGCAUAGCCAGGAGGCUUGGUGCUGCAGAAAUGUGUCCACUAGGAAGCAGGCAGAAACCUGGUGUUAGUAUGACAUGUACUCCCUCAUCCAUCUAUUUCUAUAGGAUGCACAACCACGCAUGGGUCUGGGUACCAAGGCCUGGACCCCCAGCUGGGAAGGGGUAGGGGCUGCCGCUUUGCUUGUUGUUUGUUCUAGUAUGACUUGGCCAGGAUGGAGCCCUGCUACUCCCCCUGUAGCCUUGGGCAAUUCCAUUUCUGUGCCGAUUUUAGUUGUCUUUGUCUUGCCUUUUUUUUUCAUGGUGAUGGCCCCAAUUCCAAACCUCAUCUGGGCCUGGGGCCACUACAGAGUGCCCUAAUGGGAAUGGGAGACAUGGGACUGUCCAUCUUGUUUUCUCUCUGGAGUUGGCUUGUCUAACUCUUGCCUAGGUGUCCCUACUUCAAGAGACCUCUCUACUGACCAACAGAGGCUGAGAAUUGCUGCUGGAGAGUCUGCAUGGGCCUUCACCUUCCUCUACCCUGCAUGCACCCCAAAAAAGGAGGUGCCCAGGGCCAUGGCUCCCCUCAAUUUUCCUUCCUAUUCCCAGGGGGUUCUACUGCCACAAGGGAGGGAAUUGCACCUCACACAGGAAGAAGGAAAGGUGUUUGAGGACAAAUUAGGUCAUGUGCCAGGGUCCUGUGCACAAAUACUGACCUACCUGCACCUUUCCAGGGAAGGUGGGCAGGCCCCAGAGCCCCUGGAGUGCCUUCAGAGUAUGAAGCUAUAGUGAUUGGGGGCAGGAGAGGAGCUGAGAGCCCCCAAGGGCCAGGUGUGCAUGCCCACCCUCUGGGCCCCAGGCCCCCUUUCCUUUCCUGCAUUCUGCAUUGCCAGCACGCAGACAACUUCACAACAUGGUUUGGUUUUGCAGUCUUUGAGACAAAUGGUCUUUGAAACCCAUAGCUUGAUAUUGGCUGCUCCAGCCCCACCUCUCCUUAGCAUUCUUACUCUCCUCUUCUGGGGCUAACGUCAGCAUCUAUAGAAUUUAGAUUAUUAAAAAAAUCACCUUUUAAACAGGAAAUGGAAGGCAUUUGAUGCAGAAUUUUUGCAUGAUGACAUAGAAAUAAUUUAAGAACUAGCUAGUGUUUGUUCUGAAUGUUGGUAGACCCUUCAUAGCUUUGUUACAAACGAAACCUUGAACUAAAGAUAUUUAAUAAAAUAACAUUUAAACAGUC